UAUUCAAACGGCGAAUGUUGUAACGGGUAUUAUUGUUUAGUGUUUUUAGCCGGUGUUUAUUUACUGCAACAUGUUUAAACAAAAUAUAGUUUCUCAGAGAGUUCAAAAGAUAUUAAAUAAUACAAAACUAUUGUCACAGUCACCUUUAGCUGAAAUAGAUCAAAAUCAGAAUAGCAUUUUAAAAUUAAAUAACUUGUUUGUGGCACCAAAUAAUAUGGAGUUGGUUCCGUCAACUAGUAGACUUUCAUAUGUAGAAGAGAAGCAAAGAGAUAAAGGGGAGAACUAUACAAACUAUAGUGAACCAAUAGCAGACAUACAAUUAGGGCAAAAAAACUAUAUUAUAGUUGCCGAAAAAAACUCUGAUGACUUUAUAAAGAUUGAUACUUACCAGGCUAAUCCUAAUGAAGAAUGUAAUCUGGGUAUCAACCAGAGUCUACCAGUGGCAGAAGUUUUGGUCUAUCCAGAAUUUUCACGUACUCACACAAACCAGGUAGGUUUACUAUUCCCAAACUCCUUAUUUAAUCUCAGUUUUUUUUUUAAAUGAAAAUGUAAUUCCUUAUUGUAGAAAGAAGAUUUCUUUGAGCCCCCAACUGACAUGGAGGCACUUCCUUCAACUAGUACUCCCUUAUGUUUAGAAGAGGAACGAGAUGUUGAAGGGAAGAAUGGUAUCAACUAUAAUGAGCCAAGAGCAGAACUAAGGAAAAUGGAUAGAUGUAAUAGAGACUUUGAGGAAGACUCUGAUGACUCCAUAAGGGAUCAAACUUACCAGCCUGAUUCCAACGCAGAAUC